AUGUCUGCACAAGAUUUCGAACUAUUUAUCAUUGUAAUGCUUGCAUUCCAUCGCUUUGGAAAUUCGAUAUCUAUUGGCCGAGUUGCUAAUACGCGAUUUACCAGUAUGAAUCAACUAAAUCAAGAUUCUCACUUUCUCUUCAACAGCCAUUGCUGUCAAUUGUUCACUGCAUUACCACUGACAUAUCGAAUGGAAAUGAAUGGAAAUUCCACUCUCAUUCUAUUUAAACCAUUGCCACCUGAAAAUCUUGCGCCCUGCUGCUCUAAUCUGUCUUGGUUAAUGACAAGAAUUAAUACAACUUCUCAAAUGUCAGUCAACAUAUCAAAGCCGACCUUUUUAGUUUUUGAUGGCAAUGAUUAUCUUGUCACUCUUGGUUAUCGAGGUCCACUUAUUCAAUUCAAUCGAACGACACUUAAUAUCAUACAAUCCGUGUCGGUAGUUACUGAUGCCACUAGUAUCAAUUAUAACAAUGGAUUUUAUUAUAUCUCAAAUUGUUCCAGUAAUUGUGUAAUCAAUGUGCUAAAGACAAAUAAUCUAUCUACUAUUAUCGCCAGUAUUCCGGUGGCAACUACUGUAAUUCAUGAAAUAGCAUUCAUUCGCAAUAACUCAUUGAUCAUAGUUGCUGCGAAUACGAACAAUCAAACGCUUUUAUUCGAUGUCUUCUCGACAAGAAACUAUACGUCGUCAACACCGUCCUACAUCACUACAAAUAGACCCUGUACAGUUCAUGCAGUCAACGAUACAUUUAUUUACAUUGCCUCAUGGUUUGCAACAACGACUUUAACUUCUGUUUCGACUUUAACCUACACGAAUGGUACAUGGACUCUGACUCCAUUGCCAAACACAACACCAACAGAUACUCAGAAGAUUUUUCAAACAACGAUCGAUAGUUGUGGUCGUCUUUGGUUGGCAGUGACAGGUUUUGGUAUACGAAUUUACGAUCCAUGGGGCAAUUCACUUCUCUAUGCGUGGUCAGUUACAUCGGGUAUCAAUGGAUUUCUUUUGUCCGAUCAUUAUGAUGUGUAUAUUGCUGAUUUUUCAGCGAAUAAAAUUCUUUAUUACAAUCCAAAUAUUUCACAAUGUACAUCGUAA